GUUUUGGAGGAACCAGUUGCACUUUGUGUGCAUCCGACAGGGAGUGAAUGUGGAUCUUGGAGCGUGAAUAAGGCAGAGAGAGAGAGAGAGAGACAAGGUGGAUUUACAUCUCGCCCCAUGUUCGACAGGAUUUCCCUUUUCCGACAGAAAUGCGCCGCUCGCUUCUCCUCUCCCCCCCCGAGAAAAGAGAAUGACAAACCGGUUUGACAUCACGGUGUGUUUGUGUUUGAAGAGCCAACCGCAGGCAGGCCGGAAAUCUGAGCACUGCACUGCCGGUCAGGAAAAAGGCUGCUCUUUUUUUUCCUUCUGUAAAACAGACCGACGCUGGAACUGAGCUGGGGAACUGAGAUCGUUUUUAUCGAAGUCUUUCGUGCCUCGUCAGUCACACACGCACACACAGAGACAGGGGCAGACCUUCUGUCUAUUAGACAGUUGGGGAAACCAUUCUACCUCUACCUAAAGAUAAAAGUGACUGCCCAAGUAGGAGGAAAAAGGUGGAGGAGAACGUAUUUUUGAUCAGGGUCAAACAUGAGCUGGUGCUGUUCCAACAGGAGGAGGUUUGUAAAGUGAAGGGUUUAUAAUAUCGAGAUUAUUGGGAGUCAGUUUUGGUUGCAAAUUAUUGGGAGUCGAUUUUAGUUGCAAAUUAUCGGAACUGAUUUUGUUUUUGGGGCGAUCAUGGCGAAAAAUUCGCCGGACGGCUCCAGGGAGGACCUGAGCAAGAUCCCGGACGAGGAGUUGGUGAAAUGGGGUAAAGCGGAGCUGGUGAGGAGGCUGAGGAAGAGCGAGCAGGAGAGGAUGAGCCUGAUGCUAGAGCACGGCAACCUGAUCAAGGACGUGAACCGGCGGCUGCAACUCCACCUGCACGAGAUCCGCGGCCUGAAGGACAUCAACCAGCGGCUGCAGGACGACAACCACGAGCUCCGCGAGCUCUGCUGCUUCCUGGACGACGACCGGCAGAAGGGCAAGAGGCUGGCCCGCGAGUGGCAGCGCUUCGGCCGCUUCGCCGCCGCCGCCGUCUGGAAGGAGGUGAGCGCCUCGCAGCACAAGCUGCGGGAGCUGGAAGCCAAGCAAGAGGCGCUGCUCCAGGACAACCGGGAGCUCAAAGAGAUCGCCCUCAUGCUGGACGACGAGCGACACGGCGCCGGCAGCCGCAACUCCAUCGAUAGCCAGAGCAGCCUGACCCAACUGAACGGGGGCUCGGCCACCAGGGACGUGGGAGACGGCAGCAGUACGUCCAGUGCCGGCAGUGCCGGCAGCCCGGACCACCACCAUCAGCACCACAAGGCUGGGGACAAGGGCCCUCCCCCCACCGCAAGGUCCACCGAUGACCUCUCAGGAGCCCCCCAUCAUAGGAGCAUCCCCAACGGACUGAAUGCUCCUACAGCCCUAUUAGGAUAUAUCAUGUAUGCUGCCACCAUAACUGCAGGGGGCACACUCACUGCCCAUGCCAUCCCAGUGCUUGAGAUGUCCUGGCGUCUGCAUCAAAAGACUAAGAGCAAUAACCAGUCAAGCACCAGUGAUCUGAAAGUUGGUCGCAAGCCUUACCCAGUGCAGCACAAGUCAGACUCGCAGCAUUCGUCACCACUGCCACCGUCAUUUCAGGAACCCACACAAAACGGUCCACCGUGGCUGAUGACUGGGGACCCCAAUGUUCCAGUGAUGCCACCUGGAUUCAGUCCCACUGCCCAAAAGCCAGAAGCAGUUGUGCAUGCAAUGAAGGUCCUGGAAGUUCAUGACAACCUGGAUAGACAAUUGCCGGAAGACUGCGAACAUGAUGACUUGAGUGAGAAGGAGAAGGCCAUUGUUCGGGAGAUGUGUAAUGUGGUCUGGCGUAAGCUUGGAGAUGCAGCUGGUUCGAAUCCUUCCAUCAGGCAACACCUCUCGGGUAAUCAAUUCAAGGGACCAUUGUAGUGCUAUUGCCUGCAAGGCCUGGACUUUGCAACAAGGAUAGAGAGAGACAUCCUCAUUUCACCAAUACACAAGUGGAAAGAAUACAACUUCUGAGAAGCGUAAUCCUGGCCAUUGACUCAACAUGGCCCCACCUAAUGUCUACAUGUGAAGAAGGAUGCUGACGUGUGCCUAUAGUGGUGGAGAGUUGUACAAUGUGCUGACUGCAAAGCAAAUGUAAAUUACUUGUUAUGUAUAGCUGACUGUAAUUGCAGGUCUGGUGAGCCAUGCUACACAGCGAACUACAGUUACAUGUGCCUGUGUAGAGAGAUUAAUUGAAGUACGUUGAUCACUGAAUAAUAUUGAAUAAGCUUACCUCCACCCCAUCUCCCUGAUUGUCCCAUCCAUACUGAUGAUUGAUAUGAUGCCAUUAUUAGCAGACUCUUUUAAGUGCAGUUUCCUUAUUAUAUUACUUAGGGUGGACAAAAUUGCCGGGAGGUAUUAUAAACAAAUCCUCAUACUAGCAACAUGAAAGGAGUCGUAUUUCCAUGUACAUGAUUACCUGGUUCUCAGUAUAUACAUGUGCCAUUUUCGCUGAACGGGCCUGUAAUCAGCUUUAAUUUACAAUGUCAUUGACCUUUGCAGCCCGAAGCCAACAGAAUAUCUGAAAGUAUUCAAAUGAUGGACUUUUAAAUGUUUAAAAAGUGUGGCCUAUUAAGGAGAAAAUAUAGUUUUCUUAAAGGGACCGCAUUCUUUUCAAUAACUAGGAUUUCCCUCGUAAGCCUUUGCUCUGUACUUGAAAUUUGUGGGAACUUGUUUCCUUCAGCCCCCACUGUAUUUGCAGUUUUUCAGGAUGAUUGUAUCCCAAACCUCUGUUUUGAUACACAUAGUCACAAAUUGUAUGGAGCACAAAAUACACCUGAAACUUAUGCAGUAAUCCAUGAAUUUUGAAGCAAUUUUGAAGUUAAUGCAAGUAGCACAAUUUUUGGCUCUGAAGUAAGUUUCAUCCACACAAAGUCACUCAUGCUGUUUCACUGAAAUGUUUGCCCAAACUCUAUGCUACUUUAUUUUUUUGAAACACAUUCAAGUGAAUAUAUUGUUUCUUUCCACAGAAGAUGACUUUGGGAUUAAAAUGGUAACAGAGGGCAAAUUACUCGAUGUCUGUUGUAAGCUAGGUUAGGGAAUGACACAGUACCAACUACUCUGUGUCCAACUGACUUAACUAAGAGGUGCUUAAGUUCAGCACUGGUUUCUAUCUGAACCUCAACAGUGUGAUGUGGAUAUUCAGGAACACUAUUUCCAAUUUAAUCAAGAAUGCACAUGAAAGAUACCCUGCAAACUCACUAAGGAAGGACGUUUCCAUAAUAUAAGGGAAGAUUUGUUGAACUUGUAAAUUUUUAGAUCUUGAACAUUUCUUAUGAGGAAACAACAAAUUGAAACCCUUCAUCUUGCACUCAUCAGGACUAGGAUACAAGAAACAGACUUGUAAAAAGCAACACCAAUUUAUACAGUUUGAAAUGCAAAUUGUUUGAGCCAUAGUUGGCAUCCAAAUGCAAAAGGGACUGUUCACUGUUAGUUCUCAGACUUGGCACAUAAACCAUCUUAUGAUGUAUAAUUAGGUGCCCUUUUUUCAAACACAACAACAAAAACAGAAGUUGCUGGAAGCUGAACAGGUCUGGCAGCAUCUGUGAAGUAAAAAUCAGAGUUAACAUCUCGGGUCCGGUGACCCUUCCUCAGAACUGGGUGUCCCUUUUUCAAAUCUGUUUCUUACAUCAUUGAAGAGAAAACUGAUGAACCUAACAAGUAACUGAACCACUUUCAACCUAAACCCUCUGCAAACAAGACAAACAAACAUUUUAAUUUGUUUUAAAGCAGACUGCCUAUUUACGUCAGUCUUCAAUGCAGGCAAAAUAAAAUAGAUUGAACCUGUUUCUGCCUGCACCUGGUUUGAUUUUAUAGUCACUUGACUGCCAUUCCCAAGUGAUAGUAGGUUGGGAGUGUGUUCAUUUUACUAGUUUGAACUUGCUUUCCUGAUAACUGACACAUCUGCAGUGUAAUCUGAUUCUGGUAUCUCUGAGAUGAGAAAUUAAAACAAAUUGGCAGAAAUUGUGCAUCAGUUAUGUGGAUUAAGUUUGCUGGACUUUAUCUUGAAUUUUUCAUAAAUGGCUAUUCCCACUCCCAAAAGAGCAGUUGGAUUCUAAAGUUUGUGUAGUGCUGUUCACAUAAUACUUAUCUUGGAUCCUCACAGGAAGGAGGAAUAUGGUUGAACUGAGUGUAACUGUACCGUCUGGUAUGACACUUGACCAUAUAGAACAAGAGUCCAUAGGUGUGGCCUGUAAGCAAUUCUCUAUUGGAUAUUGAUUGAGGUAGAAAUUGAAGGAAUGACUGUUAGUGUCAAUAUGAACUAGGAUGUGAUAAAGAACUCCUGUUGAGAGGUGGGAUAUUUUUCUCAGGUUAAGGUUUCCCUUAUUUUGCUGUGAACCUGCUACUAAACCUUUUGUUCCUCGGUGAGCCUUUUGUGCUUACAGAAGACUGGAUUAAAACUUUGACCGAACUAGAGUAAGGUCCUUAAUAUACUCUUAAGAUUCACAAACUCAUGGAGCAUUUGGAGCUUUUAAAGGCAUCACGACGGUGGUGACUGAACAGUAUUUUGUCACUUGGCCAGUUCUAGGUAACAGCCUCUUUUGGAAAGAAUUUCCAGUCAUUAAUUUGUCCAAAGCAGAGAACAGUAACAUUUUAAUUAGAACCUGAUUACUAAUCAGACCAGAAUUCUGAAAAUGUAAUUCUAAAGACUGUUGUAUAUGUUUAUGCACACUAACCGCCUUGUAACUAUACCGUCCAUAGCAUUCUUUAAACUCAUGAGCAUUUUCCCUCAGAACUUUAUAAUGUAGUCUGCUAUACACUGGAAUAUGGGUAAUACCCAACAUAAUUGUUUUCUGACAGUAUAAAUUUUACUAAGAUUGCAGUAUAAAUUUAGCAUAUUCGUGUGUGUGUGUAUAUAUAUAUAUAUAUAUAUUAUAUAUAUAUCUUUUUUAAAUAUUGCUGAAUUAGUCAUUGAGGAAGUAAAGAUUCAAUACUAUUCAUUGAUUCUUGUAAUUUGAUUGUUGCAGUAGGUUUAAAAAUAAGUUUGAACAUUUGCCAUGAUCUUAAAAGAGCGUCACAUUCAGCUAUCACGCUGUCACCAAAGAGAAAUUGGUCAAAAAAUAUUAUAGUCCCCUUGGUCUAAUAGAAUGAAUUCUAAAAGCUUCUUCUUGAAUACCCCUCCCUUCAAUUGAUUGCUUCUCAUAUAUUUUGUUUAUAUUGGUGACACACUGCACACAAUGUUUCAUGGUUUAUCGAUGUGGAUUGAUUCUUUUUUGAGACACAGAUCUCUCUUUAACCAAAUGAACACUGUCCAGGAAUAAGUAAAGAAUAGCAUCAACACUUGCAGUUUUCCUGUUUAACAUAUUUUAAUUUUAAACCAAACUCCAUUAAAUGUAGAGACAAAAACAGAAGUUGCUGGAAAAGUUCAGCAGG